UUUUUUUUUUUAUUGUUACAUUGAUGUUGAAUCCUUUGAAACGUCUAGUGUCUGAAAAUCGACAACGUAUUAUUCAUGGCAAACUUGAUCUAGACUUGAGUUAUAUCACUGACAGGAUAAUCGCCAUGAGUUAUCCCUCUGAAGGCAUAGAAGGACUCUAUCGAAAUAGCUUAGCAGAUGUCAAAAGUUUUCUAGAAACUCAGCAUAAGAAUAAGUACAAGAUAUUCAAUCUGCGAGCAGAGAAACUAUACGAUAAAAACAGAUUUGAUGGUAAUGUAUCGGAUUAUCCAUUCGAGGAUCAUCAAGUGCCUCCGCUUAGCAUGAUUCAACAGUUUUGUCAAGAUGCGGCGAAUUGGCUAGAUAGUGAUGCUUCUCAUGUGGUAGUAGUUCAUUGUAAGGCUGGGAAAGGUCGAACUGGAGUGAUGAUUGCCUCGUUAUUGAUUUAUCUUGGGGAAGCAAAGGAUGUUGAAGAAGCAAUAGGAAUUUAUGGAAGAAAACGAACGAAGAAUGGAUCGGGAAUCACGAUUCCAAGUCAAAUUCGAUAUAUUGGUUAUUUCAAAUUAUGGAUGGAUGGAAAACAAAAGAAAGAUCAAUCUUUGAUAUUACAAAGUAUCACUUUACAUACUAUACCGAUACAGUAUCAAGGCAAUGAUGGGAGAUGGGUGAUGUUUACUAUAGUAGACCACGAAAAUAAACUCAUCUAUAGCCAGGAAGAUCAACAAUGUCGUAUGACAAGGUCUCCAGGUCAACUCAUCUUGGAAACAAAUGGAAUCAAAACUAUCCAUGAGGAUUUCAAGGUCCAAUUUUAUCAUUAUCAACUGUGGAAGAAACGUCCUCUCUUUCAUUUUUGGUUAAACUCGGAGUUCAUGAAUCAUUCACCGUGUGUAUUAUCAAAACAAGAUAUUGAUCAAGCAAGUAAAGAUACCUUAUGCAAGCAAUUUGACAAGGAUUUUUCAGUUGAAGUCUCGUUUGUAUGAUAUUGUAAUUAGUU